GCCACCUCCUCCUACGCCCCCGCAUCAAACCCCUUCGCAUUCUGGUUUACAGGCGGACAGACGCAGUUCAAACCGCUGCCACACUUUCCAUUCAUUUACGGAGAAGAACAAGACGAGCAAUAUGACAGGGGACCAUAAUACAUUGGGCCUACCCAGACCCACAAGAGGAUGGCAUUGUCCAGAGGAUACUUUGGGUCUUGCUCUGGAGCCCAUGUAUGGCAAUAGCACGCCCAGACACCAUAGACACCACGCGGACUAUGAGAGCUGGCAGAAGCAUCGAACCGGAGGUUCCAGCCUACGUUCUGGCUCCCCUUCUCUCCUUGAGCCCCACAGUCUCUCGAGCAGCCGUGACACCCUCUACCUCACCCACAUGCCGGGCCACAGCCCGCCUCAGCACCGAAACCGAACUGGCCUCACCCUGGAUGUGACCUCGUCUUUUGACGUUGGAGGUAGCAUGCUGGCGAUUGAUGGAGAUCUCCCCAUUAGCCCCAAUGUGAUCAAGAGACGCCGGGGGGGCAUUAUUGAGCAGAAGGACAUAGUGAAGGCCCACCAGGCUCAUAAAAUCCACAGCACUCCACAGGCACGUCGCAAGGAAUGGGAAAUGGCCCGCUUCGGAGACGACGUUCCGGUCUUGUUAAGCAGCGGCGACGGCGGCUCAGAGCGCAACAGGAGCCGCGAUGGAGCUGCCGCGUCCACAGGCGGCGCGUCCCCCGCAGCCUUCAAGAUGACCAAAGCGCAGCGUGCCCGCGCCAUGGCCUUGUAUAACCGAAUCCCCGUCCGGGAGAACUGCUUCACCGUCAACAGGUCUCUCUUCAUCUUUGGGGAGGACAACGAGGUCCGCAAGUACGCCAAGAAAAUUACAGAGUGGCCUCCGUUUGAGUACAUGAUCCUCGCCACCAUCAUCGCCAACUGUAUCGUCCUGGCUCUAGAGCAGCACCUACCCGCAGAAGACAAAACGCCAAUGUCAAAGAGACUGGAGAAGACCGAGCCCUACUUCAUCGGGAUGUUCUGUUUGGAGGCGGGAAUAAAGAUCAUCGCCUUGGGCUUCGUAUUCCAUAAAGGCUCCUACCUCAGGAACGGUUGGAACGUCAUGGAUUUCAUCGUGGUGCUCAGUGGGAUUCUGGCUGCAGCAGGCUCUCAUAUGAACAUCUCUGUGGAUCUGAGAACUCUACGGGCAGUGCGGGUGUUGCGACCACUUAAACUGGUUUCGGGCAUUCCCAGUCUACAGAUAGUCUUGAAGUCCAUCAUGAAGGCCAUGGUUCCCCUGCUCCAAAUUGGCCUGCUGCUCUUUUUCGCAAUCCUCAUGUUCGCCAUCAUCGGCUUGGAGUUUUACAGCGGCAAACUGCACCACACUUGUACGCCGCAGCCUGGAAUACUCGAAAACGAGACGGUGGACUCCUCUGAGUUUGACUUCCCGUGCGGCGUGCGGCACUGUCCGACCAAAUACACCUGCAGCGAUACAUGGAUUGGCCCCAACGACGGCAUCACGCAGUUUGACAACAUCCUGUUUGCUGUUCUCACCGUCUUCCAGUGCAUCACCAUGGAGGGAUGGACCACUGUGCUCUACAAUGCCGACGAUGCCUUGGGUCCCAAUUGGAACUGGCUCUACUUCAUCCCGCUCAUAAUCAUCGGCUCCUUCUUUGUCUUGAACUUGGUGCUUGGAGUCCUCUCUGGCGAGUUUGCCAAAGAGAGAGAGCGGGUGGAGAACCGCCGGGCCUUCAUGAAAUUGAGACGCCAGCAGCAAAUCGAACGGGAGCUCAACGGUUACCGGGCCUGGAUCGACAGAGCAGAGGAGGUCAUGCUUGCCGAGGAAAAUAAAAAUCCGGGACCCUCCGCCCUUGAUGUGCUAAAGAGAGCCACCACUAUUAAAAAGAGAGGCAUGGAGUCGCCCCAUCGGGGUCCAGGGGAGGAACAAUAUGGCGACGUUCCCUCAGCGGGCAUCCCCAUGAGCAGAGAGAGUUUCCGGAGCGGCAGGCGAGGUCCCGCCGUUUAUUUCCGCCGCAAGGAACGCCUCCUACGCAUCUCCAUCCGCCAUGUGGUGAAGACGCAGACCUUCUACUGGACGGUGCUGGGCCUGGUGGCGCUCAACACGUUAUGUGUGGCUAUCGUUCACCACAACCAACCACUCUGGCUGUCCAAUUUUCUGUACUAUGCCGAGUUCUUGUUCCUUGCUCUGUUCCUGACUGAGAUGUUCCUGAAGAUGUACAGCCUGGGCCCCCGCCUCUACUUCCACUCUUCUUUCAACUGCUUCGACUGCAGCGUGAUUGUUGGCAGCAUUUUUGAAGUGCUUUGGGGUGUCUUCAGACCGGGCACUUCUUUUGGGAUCAGCGUCCUGCGUGCUCUUCGUCUACUAAGGAUCUUCAAAAUCACAAAGUACUGGGCAUCUCUGAGGAACCUGGUGGUGUCACUGAUGAAUUCCAUGAAGUCCAUCAUCUCCCUCAUUUUCCUCCUUUUCCUCUUCAUUGUCGUUUUUGCUCUUCUGGGCAUGCAACUCUUCGGCGGCAGGUUCAUCUUUGAAGACUACACCCCCACAAACUUUGAUACCUUUCCCGCCGCCAUCAUGACCGUCUUUCAGAUCCUGACUGGCGAGGACUGGAAUGAGGUGAUGUACAACGGUAUUCGCUCUCAGGGGGGAGUCAAGUCCGGCAUGUGGUCUUCAAUAUACUUCAUCGUCCUCACCUUGUUUGGGAAUUACACUCUGCUGAAUGUUUUCUUGGCCAUUGCUGUGGACAACUUGGCUAACGCGCAAGAGCUCACGAAGGAUGAGGAAGAAGCCGAAGCUGCUUUCAACCAGAAGCAUGCCCUCCAGAAGGCAAAGGAGGUCGGCCCACUCUCUUCCUUCAUGUCUUCAGAAGGAAGCCGUAGGAGGCGGCCGUACCUGUACAGAAAAAGAGCCAUCCACCGCAGCCGAGCCAUCUACUCCCGCUCCCUGGAGGAGGCGCAGGGCAGCCUCAGGGACGGCCGGCCUCUCCCGCCACUCAACUCGUCUAACUCUUUCAUGUCCAGGCGAGAGAGGAGAAAGAGGAUGACCAUGUCCGUGUGGGAGCAGAGGACCAGCCAGCUGCGGAGACACCGCCAGAUGUCCAGCCGGGAGAUUUUGUUCAGCGGGCCCAGUGAGGAGAAAGACGGACCGGCCGCCUCCCCGGGCCAGUCCCAACACGGGCGGCCGCAGUCCCUGCACCGCAAGGCGAUACAGAGUACUCCACCAGGGGGAGUGGGGUGCCUGGAGGACCCCCUUGCAAAUGCCCAGAACCAGACUUCCACAGAGAAGCCUUCCGAAGCUGUUCCCUCGGAACCCCCCGUCUCAGCGCCGCCUCCCGAGAUAUCGGACCCCUUGAGUAUCACUCCGGAGAAUCCUCCUGAUUCCAUACCAGCGCUCAACCUCGACGUCGACGAGACUCACAAGCGAAGGAGCCCCAGGUUGAACGGCGAUCGUCAGCACAGAGCCGUGAAGAAGUUCAGACCGCCGGACAACGGCGACGGCGGCGGGAUCAGGAGCGGCAAGGCCUUGCGUAGUCGGCAGAACGGGGCCAGGAGUCAGGGAUCUUCUCCCCGGAAAGGAAGUCGUUCGGUCAGCAGAGAGAGGAGCAGGCUUACAACCAAAGUUGAGGAGAAGGAAGUGGAGAGUGAGAAGGGAGAGGAGUCCACUCCUGAGGAGAGAAGGCGUGGUGACGAAAGUGAGCGAGUGGACAUCGACCAGCAGGACAACAAACCAGGUGUCCAAAAGCAAGCUGAUCUCCCUCAGGGAGAAGUGUGUCCACUUGCUUUAGAAGAAAGCAACCAAGAAGACUUGGAUAAAUCUCAACUCAGCUCCAGUGUGAUCGUAGAAAUGCCUGACAUGGAGGCAUCUAUGGAGCUCUCCACGAUCACUGUUAACAGCAAAGAGCCCGAAGCCUCCAAGUCUGAGAAGGAGGCAGCUGAAGACGUCAAACCAGUCAACAAUGUGACGCCUGACAGCAUGUUCAUCUUCAAACCAGACAACCCGGUGCGUCGAGCGUGUCACUACGUGGUGAACCUCAGGUACUUUGAAAUGUGCAUCUUGCUGGUCAUCGCCGCAAGUAGCAUCGCGCUCGCCGCCGAGGACCCCGUGUCCACCACGUCGGACUGGAACAAGGUUCUGCGCUAUUUUGAUUACGUGUUCACGGGCGUCUUCACCUUUGAAAUGAUUAUUAAGAUGAUCAACCAGGGUCUGCUCCUCCACGACGGCUCCUACUUCCGAGACCUGUGGAACAUCCUGGACUUCAUAGUGGUGGUGGGAGCUCUGGUGGCCUUCGCCCUCACCAAUGUGAUGGGAAAUAACAAAGGAAGGGACAUCAAAACCAUCAAAUCGCUCCGAGUAUUACGUGUGCUCAGACCCUUGAAGACCAUUAAGAGACUUCCGAAACUGAAGGCCGUUUUCGACUGCGUGGUGACGUCUCUGAAAAACGUCUUCAACAUCCUGAUUGUGUACAAGCUGUUCAUGUUCAUCUUCGCCGUCAUUGCUGUGCAGCUCUUCAAGGGGAAGUUUUUCUACUGCAAUGACAGCUCCAAGGACACGGAGAAGGACUGCCAAGGUUACUAUAUCGACUACGGGAAGGACAAGAAAGAGGUGAAGAAACGAGACUGGAAAAGGCACGAGUUCCACUAUGACAACAUCAUCUGGGCUCUGUUGACUCUCUUCACCGUGUCCACCGGAGAAGGCUGGCCGCAGGUCCUACAGCACUCGGUGGACGUGACUGAGGAGGAUAGAGGCCCGAGCCACGGCAACAGGAUGGAGAUGUCCAUCUUCUAUGUCAUCUACUUUGUGGUCUUUCCUUUCUUCUUUGUCAACAUCUUUGUGGCCCUCAUCAUUAUCACCUUCCAGGAGCAGGGAGAUAAGAUGAUGGAGGAAUGCAGCCUGGAAAAGAAUGAGAGGGCGUGCAUCGACUUUACCAUCAGCGCCAAGCCGCUAACCCGUUACAUGCCUCAGAACCGGCACACCUUCCAGUACCGCCUGUGGCAUUUUGUGGUCUCGCCCUCUUUCGAGUACACCGUCCUGGCCAUGAUCGCUCUCAACACCAUCGUCCUCAUGAUGAAGUAUUAUUCAGCCCCGCCCGCUUAUGAGGCUGUCCUCAAACAUCUGAACACAGCCUUCACCGUUCUCUUCUCCAUUGAGUGCGUCCUCAAGAUAAUGGCAUUUGGCUUUCUGAAUUACUUUCGAGACACGUGGAACAUUUUUGACUUCAUCACCGUACUGGGCAGCAUCACCGAGAUAAUAGUAGACUUGCAGUUUGUGGAUACAUUCAACAUGAGUUUCCUCAAGUUGUUCAGAGCAGCGCGUCUGAUCAAGCUGCUGAGACAAGGCUACACCAUCCGCAUCCUUCUGUGGACAUUUGUGCAGUCCUUCAAAGCUCUGCCUUAUGUUUGCCUGCUCAUCGCUAUGCUCUUCUUCAUCUACGCCAUCAUUGGCAUGCAGGUUUUUGGCAAUAUUAAGCUGAACGAGGAGACGCACAUCAACCAGCACAACAACUUCAAGAGCUUCUCUGGCGCUCUGAUGCUGCUCUUCAGGAGUGCCACAGGGGAGUCAUGGCAGGAGAUCAUGUUGUCCUGUCUUGGCGGGCAGCAGUGUGAAGCGGACCCCUCCAAUCUCUUACCUGUACUAAACGCAAAGCAGGAGGGAGGCUGCGGCUCCGAUUUUGCUUACUUCUACUUUGUGUCCUUCAUCUUCUUCAGCUCCUUCCUGAUGCUGAACUUGUUUGUGGCUGUGAUCAUGGAUAACUUUGAGUACCUGACUCGAGACUCGUCCAUCCUGGGUCCUCACCACUUGGACGAGUUUGUCCGAAUCUGGGGGGAGUACGAUCGGGCUGCCUGUGGCCGCAUCCAUUACACUGACAUGUAUGAGAUGUUGACCAACAUGUCGCCACCUCUUGGCCUUGGCAAGAAAUGCCCAUCCAAGGUGGCUUAUAAGAGACUCGUCUUGAUGAACAUGCCUGUGGAUGAGGACAUGUCUGUCCACUUCACCUCCACCCUCAUGGCUCUCAUCCGCACUGCUCUGGAAGUCAAGCUAGCUGGAGGUGGAGAAGAUCGAAAUCAGAUGGAUUUGGACCUUCAGAAGGAAAUCAGUGUCAUCUGGCCUCACCUCUCUCAGAAAAUGCUGGAUCUUCUGGUUCCUAUUAACAAAGCUAGUGACAUGACCAUCGGAAAGAUCUACGCGGCCAUGAUGAUCAUGGACUACUACAAGCAGAGCAAGGCCAAGAAGCUCCGACAGCAAUUGGAGGAACAAAAACACGCUCCAAUGUUCCAGCGUAUGGACGCUUCCUCCUUGCCCCAGGAGAUCAUAUGCAACGCCAAAUCUCUGUCCUUCCUCGGCCACAGUGCAGGAUCAGCUCUCACUAAAGGAGGCUUUGUGGCCCUCAGCCCUAUCUCCCCGCAAGAUAUGUUCCUUCAGCCGCGGCCUCGCUCCAGAGAGGAAGAGGAGAAUGAUUACUACCCACCCUAUCCUCCUUAUCAUUUGCCUCACCACCACCAUCACCAUUUAGACACUCUGGUGCCCGAUGUGGUAGAGUAUAAUCAAGUGGCACAACAGUCAAGGCAAGGGCUGACAGUUGUCAGGUCGCCUCAGCGAACAUCAUCCAUCAGGGCGUCCUCCAUGCCCAGACUAGCUGUGGAGCCGCAGCCUGGAAUGUCAGCAGAUAGAAAGCUAAUGAAGCGCUCCUUUUCCACCAUCGGAGACCAAUGUGUGAAUCGCCUGUGGCAAGAACAACAUUCCCUAGAGAGAGUCAGCCCCGACAACACGUUCCGACUUCGACAAAAGAGUUAUCGAGGCACUAGAAUCAAUCAAAGUAGUCAUGAGCGGGGGCGGUCUAAAGAACGACGCCACCUACUGUCUCCAGACGUGUCCCGCUGUAACUCGGAAGAGCGAAGCCGAGACCCGUCGUACGAGAGGCGACGAUCCCUCUCGCCUAAAGAAGGACGCCCGCACUCCUUGCAGAGACAGGUCAACACAACAAGUAGUCCCGCCCAUUUGGCCCCCGAGUCCGGCACCCCUCGUAAUCGUCGCCAGCUCCCACAGACACCUUCCCGCCCUCGUCCUCACAUUUCGUACUCCCCCCUGGUGUGCCGAGAGCAACCCCCCAACUCGCUGGCGGCCUCCUCCACGGGACGCGCCCAGCAUUCAGACAACCCGGCCUCUUCCAAGAAGGCUCAGUCUUCCUCGUGUCAGCCGUCCGGCCCGAGCCAUCCGUCUCCCCACCGUUACAUCUCAGAGCCUUACCUCCCGUUUCACGCGGACCCCAGGGCAAGUCAGACGGGCGAAAGGCAAGAACAUCUGACUUUUGAGAGUGCCGUUGCAACCAGCUUGGGACGUGCCAAUGCCAUUAACUCCGCCCCUCAGCUCAGACACUCCUGGCAGGUCCCGAACGGACAUUUUCGGAAGAACUUGACGCAGGCCAGCCCGGACAGCGAGCUGCUGAGCGACACGGACGAUGACGACCGCUGCUAAAAUAAACAGGAAGUCCAUGUACAGGUGGAGCGAAUCACGUAGCGGCACCACCACUCGCCUUGAACUGCUUUGUGACAACUUUUGUCACUACCUGUAGCAUUACAGGCGGAACGAAACACCACUGCCAUUUAUCAGCAUUGUUUGCCGUUUGUCUUUUCUUUUUGUGCCUAUAGUGGGCAAGUUAAGCUAGUUUAAAUCGCAGAGCUGGAUUUAAUGGUGAAAACCAUUGGCGACCUGUACAUUUGAUACACUGUAUUAUGGAAUGGACAACGUGUCCUGCAGCAGUCAUGUUGGCAGAGGCGACUUUUUUAUCAAAACAAUAAAUGGACAGACAUGGCGGCCAUGUUAGUCUCUUCAAAAAUAAUGGGGCAUACAAGUUAGCUUAGUAUCUUCUAGCUAGCUCAAAAGGAGCAUGUUGUAUUGACCAGUUGUUUAUACUGGAACAAGUAAAGUGAGAAUGAGCCUUUC